AUGGCUUUCACAAGAACAACGAGCUCAGGAGGUGGCAAAACGGCUGUCUUCUAUGGCCUGCUACUGUUAAUUCAAGAAUUAAUCACAAAUCCAGUACAUGGAGUAAAGGACUUACCGACAACACCAGUUAUACUAAUUGUAACCCCUCUCAUUGCCUUGGGAAAUACUCAGGUGAGUAGCUUAACCACGACAAAUAAUCGGGCUUACCAAACAGAACAGGCGGCUGAGAUAGCCAACUUGAACAUCAAGGCCAUAGCUGUACACUCGGACAGUGUCCAGGCUGCCCAGGCAGAAGGACGUGACCUCCUGGAUGAGGUACGCCGGUGCGAAUGGUCAGUUUCUGACCCAACAUGAGGCAGGCAUAGUGAUUAGCAUAGAGUUUUCGCUGAGUGCUGAGCUUUUCGUGUUUUUGCUGUAUUGACACCGAAGGGGGG